AUGCAAUGGGAAGGAAUCAUCAAUUGUACAAUCAAGAACGAAUACUUGAAGAGACACGGAAUCGCUCCAUCCAAACCAGCACAAACUGCCACCGAAACUUCUCAUUCCAAAUGGUCAUCCAAGAAACAAAUUAAUUCAAAUAAGCCAACGUUAGAAGAUUGUGAAGAUGAAUGGGAUUCCGAUGUUGACAAUGCAUUGAUCAUUUCUAUACCCAAUUGGAUGGGGGAUAAUCACUUGAACCAAAGAUCAAGAUCAAGAAACAGAUUUCAAGAUUUAGAAUCAAGAAAUGCAGAAUCAGAAGCUCCCAAAAGUUCAAUUUGGAUUAUCUUUUAUGAAUUGAUAAGGAUAAAAAACUCCGGAAGAAGAUACUGA